AUGUCCCCCGAUCUAGGGCACAAGUUUGAGGCUGAUGAGCUGCGGCCAUUCGAAGUGGCCGUCAUCGGCGGCGGCAUCAUCGGCCUGGCAAUGACAUGUGGACUCUUGAAUCGCGGCAUCAGGGUCAAGCUAUAUGAGCAGGCGCAGGCGUUCGGCGAGGUUGGCGCGGGGAUCGCCUUCACGGCCUGCGCACAGCGAUGCAUGGAGCAACUUGACCCGGCCAUCCUCGAAGCCUUCUGGCAGGCCGGCGCCGUGCCGCUAUCAAGCUCGGCCGGCUCCACCGACCCAAACGACUACCUGCGCUGGGUCGAUGGCUUCAACUCGCACCCCGGCCGCGAUCCUCGGUGGCAAGAGCCGUUGUACGAGCUGAGCGCUGGCGUCAAGGGCUUCGUAGCCGUCAGGCGCGACGAGUUUGCCUCCCGGCUGCUGAAGCUGCUUCCAGCUGAUGCGUUUGAGCUGCAGAAGCGCCUAGAGGAUAUCGUUGAUGAGACUGUUGGCGGACACGGGGAGAGGACUGGCAGGAAAGUGCUGGUGUUUGCGGAUGGCACAACGGCUACUGUUGAUGCAGUGAUAGGCUGCGACGGAAUCAAGUCAAAGGUUCGAGAACUCAUGCUCGGCAGAGACAACCCGGCCUCGUAUCCCACCUACACACACGUUGCAGCGUACCGGGCCGUCAUCCCGAUGGACACGGCCAUCAGGCUCUUGGGAGAGCGCAAGGCGAAGACGUUCAACAACCACGUCGGCCCCGGGGCCAACAUUUUGCACUACGCCAUCUCCAACCAAACGCUUGUCAACAUCACCGCUUUCGUCUCGGACGAGGGCGAGUGGCCCGACCACCACAAGUUGACGUCUGACGACGGCUCCAAGGCACACCUACAGGAGGUCUUCGCCCGUUUCAACCCGACCAUCGUCGACCUCAUCAGCGUACUGCCCGAAACCCUCCCUAAAUGGGCUAUAUUCGACCUCGCCGAAUACCCCCUGCCCGCCUUCCACAGCGGCCGCGUCGUGCUCGCCGGUGACGCUGCACACGCCAGUGCACCGCAGCACGGCGCGGGCGCUGGCAUCGGCAUGGAGGACGCACUAUGCCUCGUGACAUUGCUCGACCGCGUCUGCCGGGAGACAGCCCCUCCAGAGCGGCCGUACGCGGCGCUCGAGGCGGCAUUUGCGAGCUUUGAUGCCGUCCGACGCACGCGGUGCCAGUGGUUUGUCAACAGUAGCCGGCGCAUCACCGACCUGCACCAGCAGCAUGAGUGGGGAGAUCCGGCCAAGCUGCUGAAGGUGCGGUCAUGCUUUGAAGAGAUCAAGGACCGCUCGCACAAAAUUUGGCAUUUCGACUACGAAGGCAUGCUAAAGGAGGCUAUUGGGAAGUAUGAGGAACUUCUCUCGAGAAGAGGUGCUUAA